AUGGUCGACAAGGUGGUGCGCACUGUGGCGACUCUGCUCGGAAACUCCAGCGUGUGGAGUCAGCGGUUCAAGUACCUGCAGCGUGUGAUUUACAAGACCAACCUGGAAGUCCAAUGCAUCCACACGGUGCGGUGGCUGUCUCGAGGAGAUGCGGUGGCCAGGCUGUGCAAGGUCCUCGGCGCUUGCAUCGUGCUGCUCUGGGAGCACAAUCACAAGGCGUACGAGAUUGUCACCUGCUACAAGUUUCAGUUCUGCUUGUUUUUCUUGGCCGACAUCUUGGCGGACAUGAACGACCUCAACCGCUGCUUCCAGAGACGAGAGCUGGACGUGACUGAGAUUGCGAAGACGAUCGAGUCCACAACGAGUGACCUGACGGAGCGCUACUUGACGCCAGAGAAAGCUUUCGGGGGCGAAGGGAAGAGCUGGCUGGUGAACUUCCUCAAAGUCCACAAGGAGGGUGGAGGCAAGCAGGUCCGGGUGCGCGGCGUGGACGGUGCUGGACGCCCGAUCAACCACCUGUACACCAUGCAUGAGCGGAAGCUGAAGGGGCACAAACACGGAAGCACCUACGCAGACUGCGUGAAGCUGUGCCGCAAAUUCGCCCGUGACUGCGUGGACAACCUCAACAACCGACUGGAUGACCUUGGGAAGCUGGGGCCGACGAAGCUGUUCCGGGCGGGGAAGUGGCCGAAGAUCAAGGCCCAGCGAGAGAAGAAGUGUAAGGAGUGGCUGAACGGAUGCAGCAGGCUGUUCCGCAACAAGCUGCCGGGAUUCGACCUCAAAGCAGCAGAGAGGGAGCUUCCAACCUUCUGCGCGAUCAUGGAGGCACACCAUGAGAUGGAGAGCUUCACCCAGGGCCUGUCCAACUUCCUUGGGAGCGCAGACUCCAAGAGGUAG